GCAGCGCAACGCGGAGCAGCCCAGCCUGCGCUGAGAAACGGUGCGGAGCACGAGAGCCUAAGAGCCCGGAGCCGGGGUGGCUGCUACUUGCAGCCAUGACCCCAGGAGUUCCCCCCUCCGCCGGGGGCCGGGGCAUUUGAUACCCUGCACAGCCGCUUGCAGCUGCCCCUGGAGGUAGCCACUGUCUUCCUCCUGCUUCUGCUGCUCUCUCUCUCCCUCUCCCACUUCUUGCUUGGGCUCUGUGGCUGCAGUCACCCCGGAGUGGGGGCCACCUCCCCUCCCUCGCCCGCCAGCUCGUCUUGCAAACUGGGGGUGUCUGGGCCAGCGGCAGGAGCCGCCGCCGGAGCCUCCGCCGCCGCCUCCCCCUCCCCCUGGCCCUGGCCAUGGCCCGGUGGGUCCUGGAACUGAGGGUCCCGGGGGCGUCCGGCGGCGUCUGCUUCAGCCUCUCACCGCCACCACCACUGUUGCUGCUGCUGCUGCUGCUGCUGCUGCUGGGGCAGACGCGGGCUUUUGGGGACGAGGAGGAGAGGCGCUGCGACCCCAUUCGGAUCUCGAUGUGCCAGAACCUGGGGUACAACGUGACCAAGAUGCCCAACUUGGUGGGGCACGAGCUGCAGACGGACGCCGAGCUGCAGCUCACCACCUUUACCCCGCUCAUCCAGUACGGCUGUUCCAGCCAGCUACAGUUCUUCCUUUGUUCUGUGUAUGUGCCAAUGUGCACAGAGAAGAUCAACAUCCCCAUCGGUCCCUGCGGAGGUAUGUGCCUGUCGGUCAAGAGGAGGUGUGAGCCUGUUCUGAAGGAGUUUGGGUUCGCCUGGCCCGACAGCCUCAACUGCAGCAAGUUCCCCCCCCAGAAUGACCAUAACCACAUGUGCAUGGAAGGCCCUGGGGAUGAAGAGGUCCCCCUGGCCCACAAGACGCCCAUUCAGCCCGGAGAAGAGUGCCACGCCAUGGGCGCGCACUCCGACCAGUACAUCUGGGUGAAAAGGAGCCUGAACUGCGUGCUCAAGUGCGGCUAUGACGCCGGCUUGUACAACAGGUCGGCCAAGGAGUUCACCGACAUCUGGAUGGCGAUGUGGGCCAGCCUGUGCUUCGUAUCGACCGCCUUCACGGUGCUGACCUUCCUGAUCGACUCCUCCAGGUUCUCUUACCCCGAGCGGCCCAUCAUCUUUCUCAGUAUGUGCUACAAUAUUUAUAGCAUCGCUUAUAUUGUGAGGCUGACCGUGGGCCGGGAAAGGAUAUCCUGCGAUUUUGAAGAGGCGGCAGAGCCGGUUCUCAUCCAAGAAGGUCUUAAGAACACAGGAUGUGCUAUAAUUUUCCUCCUGAUGUACUUCUUCGGGAUGGCCAGCUCCAUCUGGUGGGUCAUUCUGACACUCACUUGGUUCCUGGCAGCGGGACUCAAAUGGGGUCACGAGGCCAUCGAGAUGCACAGCUCCUAUUUCCACAUCGCCGCCUGGGCCAUCCCGGCCGUGAAAACCAUCGUCAUCUUGAUCAUGAGACUGGUGGAUGCGGAUGAGCUCACGGGCCUGUGCUACGUCGGCAACCAGAACCUGGACGCGCUCACGGGCUUCGUGGUGGCUCCCCUCUUCACCUACCUGGUGAUCGGGACCCUGUUCAUCGCCGCAGGCUUGGUGGCCUUGUUCAAAAUCCGAUCCAAUCUCCAAAAGGAUGGGACGAAAACGGACAAGCUGGAAAGGCUGAUGGUCAAAAUCGGAGUCUUCUCGGUGUUGUAUACGGUGCCGGCCACGUGCGUGAUUGCUUGCUAUUUCUACGAGAUCUCCAAUUGGACGCUCUUCCUCUAUUCGGCCGAUGAUUCAAACAUGGCGGUGGAGAUGCUGAAAAUCUUUAUGUCUUUGUUGGUGGGGAUCACUUCUGGCAUGUGGAUCUGGUCCGCGAAGACGCUGCACACGUGGCAGAAGUGCUCCAACAGGCUGGUGAACUCGGGGAAGGUAAAACGAGAGAAGAGGGGAGAUGGUUGGAUAAAGCCUGGGAAAGGAAACGAAACUGUAGUGUAAACAGAGCCAACGUGCGGAGCCCCCCAAGGGGGAGAUGCUCGCACGCUGGUAGAGACGCGGUGCCCCCUCCCCCAGUUUUAUGCAAUAACCCCAUUUGAACACGGCUCGUAUGUACGAGUAAGCAACACAUGUCAAAAAACAAACAGCCCCAGACACAUCACCAGAACAGCAUUUCUGCUGGCCAGCAGUGGCGUUCUCCCAAACAGAAAGGCCAGCAGAGGCUUUCAAAGCUGUGAAAAAUCAGACCCCCUGAUCACUUUAGCAGGCUGCAGCCUGGAGUCCUGGAGUCCUGGACAGACCUUGCAGCUUUAGUGGCCCCUGCUCGGUCACAGCUUAUCAGAGCUGUGGCUCGUAACUGGCAGGGAGAAAGGUUAACUUUUUCUUAAACCCUUUAAAAUUUGGAAUACUAACUGGGUCUUUCCAAUAGUUAACCCAAACCAAUAAACACUGGAAAUGUUGAGUUCAGAGAAAUGUUACAAGGGUUUUCCAGUUUGGUUUUCUUGAAGGUGUUUACAGCAUUAACUUAAACAUUUUCCAUGGUGCCCAGUUGGCUUCUCAGAGCUGUGCCAGUCACACCCCCAGUGGUGAUGUAAAAAUACUUUAUUGUCUUGGUCAUGAAAUAGAAUUGUUUGGGCAAAGCAUAAAAAGCACACAGAGGGGUCCAGUGGAUUAAAAAACAAAACAAAACAAAACAAAACAGAGAAACCUAAUGUCAGUAUCUCCUUGUGUUCCAGGAUGUUACUCUCCCACUCCUUUUGCACCUCACAUUCUGCAUUAAUGACUUAAAAGCAUAUCUUUAUGCUAAUUAAAAAAAAUUACAACAUGACCAAGGGUUUGGGGGAUGGGGAAUCGAGGGUGAUUCACUUUCUGACAAUCACUUAAUUCAGAGAAAAACGAGAUUUACCCAGUCUACUUACCUUACACACCCCAGAGACCCAUUGCAUUGAGCAAUUAAGACUUAAUAUAUUUCACUUUGUGUGAUUGCAUCUCUGCAGACGCCAGUCUGGAAGGACUAAAAUGUUAAGUUUCUUGGCAACUUUGUGUUCACACAGAUUAACUGUGUAAUUUGUGUGUGUCAAUUACAAUUAAGAG